AUGAACGCCUCCAAUCUACAACCGCCACCAGACCAGCAGCAGCAACACCCACAACAGGUCUACCAACAACCUACAUAUACCGGUCAGUUGCAGAAAAAGAAAGCCCCUGAGGGCUCUGCUGAGUGGUACUUUGACCAAACAUGCGACUGGAUGGGUAACCACCCAUGGCUCACAGGCCUCGGAGCCUUCGGUUUGGCCUACGUUGCCGCCGGCAUGUUCAAGUCUAACCAGCCAGGCUUGAACGGUAAGGCUUUUAUCAAGGGUUCCUUUGGCCCCAAGAUGUCUGCCAAGGAGGCUCUACAGAUUUUGAACUUGAAGGAAACUAACUUGUCCAAGGCCAAGUUGAAGGAGCAGCAUAGAAAAUUGAUGAUGGCCAACCAUCCAGAUAAGGGUGGCUCUGCCUUCUUGGCCACCAAGGUGAACGAGGCGAAAGACUUCUUGGAAAAGAGAGGCGGCAUGAAGGACAAAUAA